AUGCCUCAUGGUGGAGCACUUCAGAUGCACUUCAAAACCCGAGUCAAGACGAGAAAUCUGGAAAUGGUGGAUAGGUUGUCUGUGAGUAGAUCAGCUGAGUGGCCCAGUUUGCCGUACCGUAUCCCUGCUACCAGCACGACCAGUCAGCUGACCGCUUACUCUCACGCCAAGUCCCUCUACUCAGCGGCAAGAUGGUCCAAACUCCGCCUCUUCCUCCGCUCCAGCUACUUCAGUGCAGCUCACCAGCCUGACCUACAGAACCUAUGGUAUUGUUCACUUUAUGAGGAGUACAAGACAGCGAGAGGCUUGAGAGACAUGACCCCUGCUCAGAGAUACAGGAUACGGAGGAACAACCCGCUUCCUAAAACUCUAUCCGCCACCAAGUUUACUGCUAAUAACUAUUUUGAUGACGACACAAAGGCUAUUCUUGACAUGUUCUAUGCCAAGUCAAAGUACCCUUUGGUGGAUGACUGUGAGGUUAUCAUGGCCAGGACCGGCCUCAAGAUGAACCAGAUUAAGACAUACUUUAAGAACAAGAGAUCAAGAAGUAAAGCGACGGAGACCGAGCUGAAUGUCAGUCAGGACGGAGAGAUUGAUAUUAUAACGCAGGGUGAUGGUGGUGCUAGUAAUGACAUGGACGAGAUGGAGUUUGGGCCAUUUGAUGCAGACAAUAUUGACUUUGAGAUCAACCUCUCACAAUUGUCUCAAACUAUAAAAACCGAGCAAAUUGACCAUGCUGAGAUGCAUCAAGAGUGA